UCAUUUACAAAUUCUUCUUUAGUUGGCAGGUGGGGUGAUCCUUGGAGUAGCACUGUGGCUUCGACAUGAGCCCAAGACAUCUAACCUCCUGAUCCAGCAAAUCGGGGACAAGCAGGUUCCAGCAACCUUUUACAUCGGUAUCUAUAUAAUCAUUGCAGUCGGUGCCGUCAUGAUGUUUGUAGGUUUCCUAGGAUGUUAUGGCGCCAUUCAGGAAUCACAGUGCCUGUUGGGAACAUUCUUUGCCUGCUUAGUAAUCCUAUUCGCAUGUGAGGUAGCUGCUGGAAUCUGGGGCUUCGUAAACCGCGAACAGGUGUCCAAGGAAAUAAAACAGUUCUAUGAUGAAGCUUAUGAGCAAGCAAAGAAUGGCAAGAAAGAAGAGAAAGAAAAGGCUAGACCCGUGGUCAAAGUCUUUCAUGAGACACUCCAGUGCUGUUCGGAUGAGCCAAAUCUGCUGUUAGGUUUGGGAGACAGUCUUUGUCCGGAAGGAAUAAAAAAUGUGAAUUGCCAUGAAAGAAUUGAUGAACUGUUUCAGUCUAAGCUGCACUUGGUCGGGAUUGCAGCUGCAGUGGUGGCUGUCAUCAUGAUUAUUGAGAUGAUCUUCAGUAUGGUUCUUUGCUGUGGAAUUCGGAUCUACUCUGUGUACUAA